UACAUUAUGACUGUGUCUUCAAAUUCCAUGGUUAUAUCUGUUGUCUGCUUUGAUUCCCGUCUUCACACACCUAUGUAUUUCUUUUUGGUCAACCUCGCAAUAAUUGAGUUAUUGUAUACUACAGCAAUCACUCCAAAUACUUUAAACAACGUGCUAAAGGAAGCCAAAGGAAUCUCAUUUGUAGGCUGUUUUGUUCAAAUGUUUACAUUUAUAACUUUAGGGGGCUCAGAAUGCAUUCUGCUCGGUAUGAUGGCAUUUGAUAGAUAUGUCGCCAUAUGCCAACCCCUAUUGUAUACUGUAAUCAUGAACAAGUCCCUUUGCAUCUAUAUGGCAAUUACCUGCUGGACUGUUGGGAUAAUAUCUUCAUUAGUGAACACUGCUCUUACUGCUACAUUACCCUAUUGUCGUGACCGCCUUAUUAGACAUUAUUUCUGUGAGAUUCCACCACUUUUGAAGCUAUCUUGCAAGAACACACAUAUAAAUGAAUUAGUGGUCUUUCUUUUUGGUGGCAGUGUGAUACUGGGCUCCCUUCUUCUAACUCUUAUCUCAUACACUUUUGUUAUUCGGGCAGUAAUCAAGAUCCCCAGUGCCAGUGGAAAGAAAAAGGCUUUCUCCACAUGUACUUCUCAUCUAAUCGUUGUCAGCAUGUUCUUUGGGACAGCUAUCUUAACAUAUCUCCGUCCAUCUACACAGUCAUUCUAUAAUAAGGAUCACAUAUUUUCUCUGGCAUAUACUGUAGUCACUCCACUUAUCAAUCCUUUAUUAUACAGUUUUAGGAAUAAAGAUGUUCAGAGGGCACUAUGGAAGAUCUUACAGCGGUGGAAGGCAAUCACUUAUAGAGGUGCCAUGUUUUCUUAGCUGCUACUAUACAGCCGUGGCCAAAAGUUUUGAGA